ACUUUUCCUCCAUUUUUUUUCUUGGAAAUAUGUUUUCGAGUCUUUUUUUUAAUAUAAGAAAAAAUUAUAGCUUUAAAAGGAAUAAUAAUUUUUUUUUUCAUAAAUUUCAUCAAAAAUUUACAAAUUUAUCAGAAAAUUAUGAAAUAAAAUCAAAAAUAUUACAAAAUAAUGUACAAAAACCGUCAAAAAAAUUAGGAAGAAGUUAUGAUCCAGCCAUAGUUGAACAGGGAUGGUAUGAUUGGUGGGAUCAUAAAGGAUUCUUUGGAUCAACGAAUUUGGAUUAUGAGGAUCAAAAAAAUUUUAUUAUGCUUUCACCACCUCCAAACGUUACAGGAUCUUUACACAUAGGACAUGCGUUGACAUUUAGUAUACAAGAUGCUUUAAGUAGAUGGUAUCGAAUGUCUGGAUAUAAUGUGUCUUGGAUACCUGGAACAGAUCAUGCUGGUAUUGGAAUGCAAUCGGUUAUCGAAAAAAAACUUUUCAAUGAAAGAAAUAUUACUCGACAUGAUCUUGGAAGAGAGAAUUUUGUCAAGGAAGUUUGGAAUUGGCGUGAACUUCAUGGUGACAAGAUAAUUAAGCAAUUGAGACGUUUGGGUUCUUCAUUGGAUUGGAAUAAUUUAUUUUUUACAAUGGAUGCUCCACGCUCAAAAGCAGUAACGAAUGCGUUCAUUAAAUUGUAUAAUGAUGGAAUGAUUUAUCGGGAUACUCGAUUAGUAAAUUGGUGUUGUGCUUUAGGAACUGUUAUUUCCGAUAUCGAAGUAGAUUACAAAUCUAUUUCCGAACAGACUUUUUUGAAAUUACCUGGAAGAGAAGAGGAAGUUGAGUUCGGUGUUCUUCAUAGAUUCGCGUAUCCUUUAGCUGAUAGUAUGUCUAAUGUGAAAGAAUUAGUUGUGGCCACGACGAGGAUUGAAACAAUUUUAGGAGAUACUGCUGUUGCUAUACAUCCUGAUGACCUUCGUUACAAGAGUUUACAUGGAAAAUAUGUUAUGCAUCCUCUGCUUAAUAAAAGAAUUCCAAUUGUGUGUGAUCCUGAACUUGUUGAUAUGGAAUUUGGAACGGGUGUUGUAAAGGUAACGCCUGCACAUGAUACGAAUGAUUAUGCUUGUGCUCGUAGGAAUAAGUUGCCUAUUAUAAAUAUAUUUAAUAAGAAUGGGACAUUAAAUGAUAACUGUGGGAUAACCGAUUUGAUUAAUAAGGAUAGAUUCGAUGUACGCAAAAUCAUCAUUGACGUAUUGCAAUUUUUGGGAUUUUAUCGUGGAAAAGAUACGAAGCAUGAAAUGAGGAUCGCAAUAUGUUCUCGAUCCGGAGAUGUGAUUGAACCUUUAUUACAACCUCAGUGGUAUUUAAAAUGUAAAGACAUGGCUCAGAGAGCUUUACGUGAUGUUGAAAGUGAAAAGAUCGUAAUCAAACCAAAUUACCAUACCGAAGAAUGGAAUAGAUGGCUAUGGAAUAUACAGGAUUGGUGUAUAUCAAGACAAUUAUGGUGGGGUCAUCCUAUUCCUGUAUAUCAUUUAUCAUACGAAGGUCAACCAACCAGUGAUGGUUUGUGGUUUGCUGCUGCUUCAACUAAUGAGGCUGAUCAGCUUGUCAAAGAAUACUUUAAACAAAAUAAUAUCUCAUUACAGACUAAUUAUGCUUUGAAACAGGAUGAUGACGUAUUAGAUACUUGGUUUUCAUCAGCUCUAUUACCUUUAUCCGCUUUACACUGGAAUGGAAGUAAUGAAAUUCCCAUAAAUUAUCCCACAGAUAUGGUUGAGUCAGGAUUUGAUAUUUUGUUUUUCUGGAUAUCUAGAAUGACAAUGUUGUGUACGUAUUUUUCUGGAAAACCACCUUUUAAAAAUAUUUUAUUACAUGCGAUGGUUCGGGAUUCAAAAGGACGUAAAAUGUCAAAAUCACUUGGGAAUGUUAUAGAUCCGAUACAUGUAAUUGAGGGUGUAACGUUAAAAGAAAUGCAACAAGGAUUAUACAAUAGUAAUCUUCCAAAAAAUGAAAUAAAUGAAAGCGUUGAAUUGUUAGAAAAAGAAUUUCCUGAAGGUAUCAAAGCAUGUGGAACUGAUUCUUUAAGAUUUAGUCUAAUAUUCUAUACACAACAGACACGUCAAAUUAAUUUAGAUAUAACGAACGUUGUAUCAUCAGGAAACUUUUGCAACAAAAUAUGGAAUUUAUUUAAAUUUGCACAUGAAAGAUUCGAUUCAUUAAAUCAUACUAUAUCAAUAUACAAAACAAUAUCAGAUUCUUCACUAUGCGGAUUUACCGAACAUUUAUCAUUAGUUGAUAAAUAUAUAUUAUCCAAAUUAGCUAAUACAGUAAUAUGCUCUCAAAAUGGAUUUCAAAAAUUAGAGUUACAUGAAGUAACUGAUAUACUUAGAAAUUUUAUUAUCGGAGAUUUGUGUGGUGUUUAUUUGGAAUUUAUUAAACCAGUCUUAUACGGAAAUCAGGGAAAUAUCGAUGUAAAAGCACAAAAAGCUGCGUUAAAGGUUUUGGAAAUAUGUUUGGAUACUUCUUUAAGAUUACUUCACCCUUUUAUGCCAUUUAUUACUGAGGAAUUAUGGCAAAGUCUAGUGAAUCAGUCAGAAAAUAAAUCUUUACCAGAAUCGAUUAUGUUGGCUGAAUAUCCUAAAAUAAAAGAUUUUAAUACAUGGAAAGAUAAUAAAGUUGAAGACGCUAUGCAGACCGUUUUAGGUGUUAUCCGUGCUUCACGUUCUCUAAGACAAAGAAAUAACAUACCAUUAGGACACCCUUUACCUUUUACGAUAUGGACCAAUGAUCAAGAAUUGAUAAGUAAUCAAGGUCCGAUUAAAAAAUAUUUUAAUGAUAUACAAAAAUUUAUUCAAGCCUCUGAAAUUAAGAUUAUUGAUUCGCAGGAUGAAAAUUUAUUAAGUAACUUUACAGUUAGUUUCAUAUCAUCGAAUCUUAAAGUAUACGUACCAAUAUCAUCUAUAUAUGAAAUUCAAUCGUCUUUACAAAAAAAAAAUAAUACAGAUAAAGAUGAACAAUUUAAAAAUUUGAAUAAAAAAUUGGAUAAAGUUAAUAUAGAAUUGGAUUCAUUAAAGAAUAAGACAGAAAAUCCCGAAUAUGAAAUAAAAGCUCCUAAAAUUGCUAAAGAGAAAGAUAGGUAUGUAUUUGAAGAAUUAUUUUAUAAAUUAUUUUUGAUAACGCAUGCUCUAAUUUAUAAAUAUAUUUAGGAAAAAAUAUGAAUCCUUAAUUGAACAAAGAAAUGUGUUACAAAAGAACAUUGAUUUGAUAAAGUGAUAUUAGUAAUUGUCGUAUUGUUUAUAGAAAAAAA